GUAGGUUUCCAAAACCCAUUACUCUUUAAUGUACUGAUAUCAGAUUUUUGUAGAAAUGGGUUUGCUUUUUUGGCCCUAAAGACUUUCUCUUUCAUGCACUUCAAUGGUGUUGCUUUGGAUACUUAUGCUCUGCGCAGUUCCUUGAAAGCUUCGUCUUUUAUGGAGAAUGUUAGAUUCGGUGAGCAGAUUCAUACCCAUGCGAGAAAGACAAGUUGGUUGUCAAGUGUCUUUGUGGGUAGUGCUCUGACUGAUUUGACGAUGCCUCAACUGAACUUGGACUACGAUCAUUUCACUUUAUCAGCAAUGUUACGGGCAUGUGCAGGGUUAUCUGCAAUUGAAUUGGGCAGGCAAGUUCAUGCAUAUCUGAUUCGAAAAGUUUAUGAUGUGGGGAGUGAUGUGUUUUGGCAGAGUACAUUGAUUGACAUGUAUGGCAAAUGUGGCCUGGUGGCGAAGGUUUUUCAAGUUUUCAGUUUGUUGGGGCUAAGUUUUGAAGGACAGAAGAAGAGGGAUGUUGUUUUGUGGAGUUCCAUGCUUGGUGUGUACGGUAGAAAUGGGUACUUUGAAGAAGUGAUUUUGUUGUACAAAGAGAUGCUGAAGGAGAAAAUUAAACCAGAUGAGGUGGCUUUUGUGACAGUCAUCUCAGCUUGUAGUCAUACGGGUCAGGUGAAACUAGGGAUUGAAUAUUUUGAGUCCAUGACUCGUGGCUAUAAGUUGGUUCCUGGACCAGAGCACUAUAGUUGUCUGGUUGAUUUGCUUCGUAGGACUGGCAAGUUGGAUAAAGCAUGGGAGGUGGUAAAUGAGAUGCUUCAAAAAGGGCAUGACAAUGGUAGUAUUUCCUUGUGCUGUACUUUGCUUAGUGCUUGUGUGGAUCUUGGUAACAUUGAGUUGGGUAAAUUUGCUGCUCAGAAAGCACUUGAACUGGAUCCUCAGAAUGCAGGUAUUUAUGUUUUGUUAUCCAACUUGUAUGCUAAGUUUGGAAGGUGGGAUGAGUUUGGUCAGUUAAGAGAGAUGAUGAAACAUGGAGGGUUAAAGAAAGAUGCUGGAUGUAGUUGGAUAGAGGUCACCGAUUGAGUUGAGCUGGACUUAGCCCUCAGAGUGACAUAUUGUGACUCUGAUUUCUAUUUGACUGGAUAGAACGCAGACUGAGUAUCUUCUGAACUCUGACAUAUGAAGUAUUCAAAUGAUCUGCAAGUGACACUUCAAAUGUCAAAUAGGAAUUAACUGGAAGCAGCCAGAAUGAACAAAGUGGUUUGAGUGACAAUUUUUUUUUCAUUGUCUUAUAAGCUAGAGCAUCUAUGGAAGGUGUUGAACAAAUUAGAUCUUGAAGCUUAAUGACAUAGAAGUUGCUCUCUUUCAGAUAGCCGCCUGCCCUAAAGUGACCGUGAAUGUCUUUCUGAAUGUUUAACCAUUAAUUUGGUCAUUGAAAUGAUGUUGCGUACAACCACAAGAACAGAUUUCGAACCCAGAUUCUCCAUGAAAUAUGUUUUCAAGUUUCAUUCCAGGAAGAAAACAUGGUUUUACGUUUCCUAUUACAUCAUUGUUCGUGGUUUAUGUCCAGAAGAAGCUCAGAGAUGCUGAAAUAAGCCUCCCUAUUGUGUAUGGCAAUGCUGCUUUUUGGCUUUGGGAAAAAGGCGAGUGAGUAUUGGAUAAACAGUUAUGACCUUUUUUUAAACUGCCAUCAGUUGCUACUUCAGUUGUUUCUUUGAUUUGCAGAUUAUAAGUCUAUUAAAUGCUUGUUUAUGUU